UUGUUGGGGCUGCCCCGAAAAUCGCCUUAUUGGAAAGUCUCGGAAUUGUGCCUUUUCCCGAGGAGGUCUGGGCAUCUCCGACCUUCGAGAAAGACAUCAAGGCCCGGAGGUUGCGUCUUCCUCAGUGAAAUAUGUCGAAAGAUUCCGCAGGCACCUCCUCCGCCGCCGCCUGGAUCCGGCAGCUGCGAAGAUAGCUGCGGGGCCUUGCGACGCCGGCGGUCGCUGGCAGCUCCUAUGAGGGCACCGUCGCCGGUGUGCGAUGUCCGGCUGGAGUUGCCGCUGCCAGCGCCGUCGCCACAGUCACCUCUGGGAACUCUGAGCGAGGCUCGCGCCGGCCCGGCCCCGCGUCUCAUGGCCGCUAGCGGCGCCCUGGUGCCUGAUCGGCUACGCCUGCCGCUCUGCUUCUUGGGCGUCUUCAUCUGCUACUUCUACUACGGGAUCCUGCAGGAGAAGAUGUGAGCGCCCCCGACCCGGACCCCGAUCCCCGAUCCCCGGGGCUUUCAGGCCCGGCUAGAUGCAUGAUCCUAGCCUGGCUGUGGCUUCUCCGAAGCCUCCGCCGACCCCCUCCUCCCCUCAUUGUCUCCAGCCCCUGGGAGGCCUCCCGCCCCAUCCCCUGCUCCAUGGAUCCCUGGCUCCCUGCGACCCCUUCAAGAUCCCUAGAUUCUGUCUUUCCCAGGACUCAGGACCACGUGGAUGCACCAGAGGAAAGUAUGGGGAGGGUGCCAAACAAGAGAAGUUCACAUUUGCCUUAACCUUGGUCUUCAUUCAGUGUGUGAUCAAUGCAGUAUUUGCCAAGAUCUUGAUCCAGUUUUUUGACACUGCCAGGGUGGAUCGGACCAGGAACUGGCUUUAUGCAGCCUGCUCUCUCUCUUACCUGGGUGCCAUGGUCUCCAGCAACUCUGCAUUACAGUUUGUCAACUACCCAACUCAGGUCCUUGGCAAAUCCUGUAAACCUAUUCCAGUUAUGCUCCUUGGAGUGACCCUCCUGAAGAAGAAGUACCCCAUGGCUAAAUACUUCUGUGUGCUUUUGAUUGUGGCUGGAGUGGCCCUCUUCAUGUACAAGCCAAAAAAGGGGGUUGGAGCUGAUGAGCAUCUGGUUGGCUAUGGAGAGUUACUUCUGCUGCUGUCUCUGACACUGGAUGGACUGACAGGUGUCUCCCAGGAUCACAUGCGAGCUCAUUACCAAACAGGCUCUAACCACAUGAUGCUGAACAUAAACCUCUGGUCCACAUUGCUCUUGGGAGCUGGAAUCUUGUUCACUGGGGAGUUCUGGGACUUCCUUAGCUUUGCUGAGCGAUAUCCCGGUGUCCUUUACAACAUCCUUCUGUUUGGUUUAACCAGUGCCCUGGGCCAGAGCUUCAUCUUCAUGACAGUUGUAUACUUUGGCCCCCUGACCUGCUCCAUCAUCACCACAACCCGAAAGUUCUUCACCAUCUUGGCAUCUGUGAUCCUUUUUGCUAACCCUAUCAGCUCCAUGCAGUGGGUGGGCACUGUGCUGGUGUUCAUGGGUCUUGGCCUGGAUGCCAAGUUUGGCAAAGGUUCCAAGAAGACAUCCCUCUAGGAAGAUCCAGGGAUUCACUCUAAGGCCAUUUAAUUUAUUUUCCCAAAUCUCAGUAUCUCCCUGAGAACUGGACUCAACAAAGGGAGAGAAAGGGGUUCGUUUUUUGUUUUGCUUUUUUGUUUUUGUUUUUUGUUUUUUGUUUUUUUAAAGAAAGAAAUCAUAGAUUCUAAAAAAAGGAUAAUGUUGGGUUUUGCCUUUUUUUAAAAAACAGGAAUGAGUAAUAACUUUUGUUUGUGAUAAGAUGGAGGUGGGCAAUAACCUAGCCUACCUCAAUAAAAAAGAAGAGGGAGAUUUUGAUCAUUUCCCCAGUUUUCUUCCUCUGUCUUGGUCUGAUUGGGUCAAGCAGGUGAUUUGCCAACAGUGUAAAGAUGGAGGGAAUACUGGAGAGGUCAUCUGUUCUAGCCAGUCCCUCUCCCCAGUCUCUGGGGAAAGUCUCAAGAUCACCACUUCAGACAGUUCAUUCUCCAAUAUUUUCUCUUUCUGGUGUCCGAGAAGUUCAUAGCAAAAGUAAAAGCAACUGUUAUCUCCUC